AUGAAGCUUCAGCAUGUCAUUACUGUCACUGCGAUUGUUGCAGUCACAUCGGCCAAGCCCCAUCAUCUGCACCGUCGUGCUCACGCUCACGGCCCAGUCAAGCGCGACAUUGUGUAUGCUCCAGCCGCUACUCAGACGCAAAUUGUAUACUGGCUCGAGGACCAUGCCAUAUCAGAGGAAGAGGCUCGCGAGGGUAUCGCCAAUGGCACUUUGAUGUGGGGACAGGACAAUGUCUUGUCAUCCGCAACCGAUACGUCUGUCGCAUUGCCCACUCCGCCACCGAGUUCCAGCCAUGAGCCUGCGCCAGAGCAGAUCGAAUAUCACAUCGAAGAGCCCGACGAUGCGCCCCAGUCCCAGCCUGAGAUGCCUGCGGCCGAGACACCACUAGCCACCCCGAACCCUCCAGAUGCGCCAAACAUACAGCAGCCUGAUGCAUCACCCCGCCCUUGGAUUGACAUGGUCGAUGAGAAUGGCUAUUGUGCCGAAUGCGACAGAGAGUUCCCGGAUGGCAAGAUCGCUUGUACCGAGUUUCCCCAUGGGUAUGGUGCACUCCCUAUCGCUCAUGAAGGCCUAGGUGGGUGGUCUGGUAUUCAGGACCCGCAAUACGUGGGAUCAGACGGCUUCGACGACAUUACGACUGUGGUCAAAGGCUCAUGCUCAGACGGCACCUGCUGCACCCCAGGGAGCUUUUGUUCGUAUGGCUGUCCAAAUCCCUACCUCAAGGCGUCAUUUCCUUCAAUUCAAGGAAAACAUGGCCAAACUGUCGGUGGCCUGUACUGCAACAAAGACGGAUACUUCGAAAUGGCCGACGGCAAGAUUGCCAACACACUAUGUGUGCAAGGCUCCAAACGAAUGGGUGUCAAAGUACAGAAUAAGCUCUCGAAAUCGGUCUCAUUCUGUCGCACCGACUAUCCAGGCACGGAAUCCAUGACUUUCCCCGUCACAGUCGGACCAGGCGAGACAGGAUUCUUAGCCAACCCCGACCAGCAGAAGUAUUUUUUCUGGCAAGGCAAAAAGACAUCCGCUCAAUACUAUGUCAACAAGCAAGGCGUGCCGGAAGACGAGGCGUGUACUUGGGGCAAAGAAAUGGGAGGCAAGGGUAACUGGGCACCCGCAGUCUUCGGUACAUCGUUCGACGACGGUCCUGCGCAACAGGGUUUUUCCAGCUUGAAGCAGAACGAAUUAUGCAAAAAGGAGCGACUCGGGUACGACAUUACCUUUGUUGGAGAUGGCGUCGUUUCGGCGUGCAGGUACAAGAGCGCCACGAACCAGUGGUGCGAGGGCGGUCAGUGCUGGGAAGACCCAGAUCGCGGUUGUACAGCCGCUAUCAUGCACGGAGAUCUUACCGUUGUGCUUUCGGAUGGAUAG